GAGAGUGACACGGGAUCAUUCUGUGAAUGUGAACAUCUGUACAAACUGGACACUUUGUUUCUUUAAAUUAUAUGCACUGCACAUAAAAACCUACAUACUGGUGAACAAACCAGCUUGAAGCAGUUUUUUUUAAUGUUGGUGUGUUUUCCCCAACAAGAUGUUGGCUGUUCAUCUCGUUUCCUUCCUGUUCUCCAAACUCCAGGAGGAUCCCACCAAGAAGGUGGACAGAUUUCUGCAUGCCAUGCGUCUCCAUGACGACCAACUAAGGGACAUCUCGGCCCGUUUCCUGUCCGAAAUGAAGAAGGGUCUUUCGGCACAAAGCAGCGCCGCUGCCACGGUGAAAAUGCUGCCAACACAUGUCCGCUCCACUCCUGACGGAUCAGAAAAGGGUCAGUUUCUGACUCUGGAUUUUGGGGGCUCCGUGUUUAAGGUUCUUCACGUUAAAGUGCGAGAGGAAAUGGGGAUUAGGAGAGGAGAAGUAGAGAUGGAGGAGAAGACUUACCCCAUACCUAAGGGGCUACUUGAGGGGAAAGGAUCAGAGUUAUUCGACCACGUGUCCGAGUCUCUAAAGGACUUCCUGCAGGAGAAGAACAUCAGUUUGGAGAAGAAACACCCUCUGGCCUUCACUUUCUCUUUCCCCUGUGAACAAUCCUCCCUCAGCCAGGGAUUGUUGUUGAGUUGGAGUAAAAACGUCCGUGCUCGAGGCGUUCUGGGGAAGGAUGUGGUCCAGACACUCAGAGAAGCCAUUGACAGAACUGGGGGAAUGAACGUAGAGGUGUUGGCGAUGGUUAAUGACACUGUGGCGACCAUGAUGACCUGUGGCUUUGAGGACAGGCGCUGUGAAGUGGGACUCAUCGUUGGCACAGGCACCAACGCGUGCUACAUGGAGGAGCUGCGUCACAUUGACCUGGUGGAGGGAGACGAGGGCAGGAUGUGUGUGAACACUGACUGGGGAGCGUUUGGAGAUGACGGGGCUCUGAAAGAUGUCAUCACCGAGUAUGACAGGGAGGUUGAUGCAGCCUCCAACAACGCCGGGAGACAGAUCUUUGAGAAGAUGGUGAGUGGGAUGUAUCUGGGCGAGCUGGUGAGACUGGUGGUGUUGAAGAUGGCGAGACUGGGACUACUGUUUGACGGACAUGUGUCUGAUGCACUGAAGACCAAAGGAAAAAUAACCACCGCACAUGUGGCCGCCAUGGAGGAGACCAAAAAUGGUUUGAAGAACACCAGAUCCAUACUCAUGGGCCUCAACUUGACCCCUUCACAAAACGACUGCGUUGCCGUUCAGCACGUCGGCACCAUCGUGUCCUUCAGGUCAUCCAACCUGGUGGCCGCAGGUCUGGCUGCCAUCUUGACUCAAAUCAAGCGAAACCGCAAUUUGAGGACAUUCCGGGUCUCUGUUGGCGUGGAUGGAACCGUGUACAAGACCCACCCACAGUAUCCGAAACGUCUUCACAAAGUGCUGAAGCGCUUACUUCCCGAGUGUCGGGUCCGAUUCAUCUUGUCAAACAGUGGCAGCAGCAAAGGAGCAGCGUUGGUCACAGCCGUCGCCCAAAGACUGGCGUCACAGAAGCAGAAGGUGGACGAGACACUGUCUCUCUUCAGACUGAGCUACCAGCAGCUCCAGGUGGUGAAGGCCAGGAUGAGAGCAGGGAUGGAGGCCGGGCUGAGGGGAGAAGGUCGCUCUGAACUCAAGAUGCUUCCUUCCUUUGUGUACAACUCACCUGAUGGUACAGAACAUGGCAAAUAUCUUGCCUUCGAUCUGAGAGGAACCAACUUCAAAGCUUUGCUGGUGAACUUUAAAAACGGUCUGCAAAAGGCAGAGCUCUACAACAAGAUCUACACCAUACCACCAGAGAUGAUGCAGGGACCCGGAGCAGAGUUGUUUGAUCACAUUGCAGAGUGUGUCAGUGACUUUCUGGAUUACAUGGGGAUUAAAAACCUUGGACUUCCUGCAGGAUUUAUCUUUCCUUUCCCCUGUAAGCAGACGGCCAUCGAUGCAGGCACAUUGGUGUGUUGGACCAAAGGCUUUAAGACCACAGACUGUGAAGGACAUGAUGUUGUUAAAAUGCUGCAGGAGGCCAUUAAGAGACGCAAGGAAUUUGAGUUGGACAUCGCAGCUGUAGUCAACGACACAGUUGGGACCAUGAUGAGCUGCGCCUACGAAGACCCUCAGUGUGAAGUUGGACUGAUUGUCGGAGCUGGAAGUAAUGUGUGUUACAUGGAGGAACUGAGGAACAUCGAGACUGAACAAAGGGAUGGAAAUGAGGAGGGUGGCACAGACGGAGAGAAAACAACAGGGGGCGCUGAAGUCGAGAGGAUGUGUAUAAACACAGAGUGGGGAGGUCUGGGUGAGGCUGGUUCUCUGGAUGAUAUCAUCACUCCUUCCGAUGUUGAGGUGGAUCAAAACUCGGUCAACCCUGAAAAACAAAGGUUUGAAAAGCUGACCAGUGGGAUGUAUUUAGGUGAAGUUGUGCGUCACACGUUGUUGGAUUUAACCAUGCGAGGUUUGCUGUUCAGAGGACGUGUCACUGAUGCUCUAAAAACACCUGGAAUCAUCCAAACCAAAUAUCUCUCACAAAUAGAGAGUGACCGUCUGGCUCUACUGCAGGUCAGAUCUAUUCUCCAGCGCCUGGGCCUGGACUCCACCUGUGAUGACAGCAUCAUCGUGAAAGAGGUAUGUGGAGCGGUGUCACAUCGGGCCGCUCAGUUGUGCGGGGCAGGAAUCUCAGCCGUGGUCGAUAAAAUCAGAGAAAACCGAGGACUGGACCAUCUCGACGUCACCGUAGGGGUAGAGGGGAAGCUCUACAAACUACAUCCACAUUUCUCGAGAGUGCUCCAAGAGACGGUCAGAGUUUUGUCUCCUCAGUGUAAGGUGACCUUCCUCCCAUCAGAGGAAGGCAGAAUGAAGGGCGCCGCCCUCAUCACGGCUGGAGUGAGACAGAUGAAGAUGUAACUUCACAUCAUGGAAAAAAAAAUACAUAAUUUUUUUAAACCAAAGUUCCCUUUUUUUACCUCUCAGCAAAGUUUCUACUUUCACGUGUUGAAAUAAGUCAAUCAGUGAGGCAUUUUUACCUGACACUGAGGAAGUUUACCUGGAGUUUCUUGGCCACUAUUAAUAAUGUUCUAUGUUCUAAUUCAAACUGAUGGAUUUGUACAAAAUUAAAACAUUUGCUUGAAGAAAAUGUUAAUAAUUUGUCUAUUAGAAAGAUUAAUUGCUGGAACUGGAGCUGCACUACUGUUGUCUUGUUGUUGUUGUUGUCCUUCUGUGCGUGUUUACAAAAACUACUGUCACUCCAUUCAACUAUUGUGCUAUAUCUUAAUUUCAAAUGUCAGUAAUUAAACACAUUUUUGUUUUUAAA